AAGCAAAGAGGAGCUGCCAGUCAAGAGAUCUAUCAUGACUGCUAAUCCAUCUAAGAGACUUGCCUGGAGUGACUCAGUUGCCUUUGAUUCAAAGCACAGACAAGAUCCUGAAGAUUCCCACGAGGUCCACAAGAAGAAAUCAAAAGAGAAGAAAAGGAGACUGGCAGUUGGUCAGUGGAGAACAGAUGUACAGUCCCUUGUUUCUUCUUCUAAAUGGCUUCAGCGUUAUGGUCUCAAAAGAAACAAAUUGUCCCUGUCCCAGAUUUUGUCCCAGAUUGGAUUCCAGCAUAGGAAAGAUUAUGUGACCACCUUGGGGAAACCUGUGGCUUCUCGAUAUGCAGAUGGUCUGUUUCCUCAGUACAAGAGAGCACAAGAUGGCAGCGUGUAUAAUCUGACAGCCAAAAAAGAACUGAUUCUUCAUUUUGUGGAUUGUCUAAUGGGAGCUAUUGAGCUAUAUAAGCAGCGAAUGGAAUGGUUAACCAGUGAGAGCCGGCAGAUAUUUGGAGUGAUUCAAGAACAGUGCAUUGUCAUUGUGUUGGAUUUUGGCACUGCAGCUCCAACUGAAUUUGAUCUGUGUCGGGAUGCACUUUCUAUGGUGCUUGUGGAACAGGUGAUACAAAUUUCCAGAUUCAACCUCAUUCGGGCUGCUCAGGAUCUUAUGAAGUGGCAGCAGAAAUGCACUCCUGUGUCUGAGCGUACUGUAAAGUCUGCAGUUAGAUGGCUCUGGAAGCUGGAGCAUAUGACAGCUGUCAGCCACACCAGCUCUGCCGAAGCUCUGCUGGAAGCCAUGGCUGAUGAAGCGGUUGAAGCUGUUUAUUACUUUGCUGUGGGGGAUGUUCCAGCGGACACAAAGCAGCUACUCCUUGAGACCGUUUCAGAUGUCUCCUGUCCAGUCAACAUGGUGUCUUUCAAUGCUAGGGAAGAUGAAACUAUUCUUUUUCUGAAGGAGUUGAGCCACUUGGCCUCUGGCAGAUUCCAUGCUUUUGCUGAGAAGAAUAACUGUAGAGAUGCUACUGAACCUGCACUAAAAUAUGAAGAGGAUGGAAAAGGAUUAAUUGCCCAGAACUCUGGAAAAGUGAAAGGGAGAAUGCCACUAGUAGCUGGUGUCUGUGAAGAUGUGUUUUUGAUCUGGAAGGAGCUGGAGGAAGCCAGGAGUACAGUGAGACAAGUUCAGGAAAUGUUAUCAGAAUCUGACCGGUCUGCUUCUCAAGACGCGAAUAAAGGUGAUCAUCCAUUAUCAAAACAUAUAACUGAUGAAUAUUUGACUUCUGAGAAGUGGUUGCAGAAGUAUGGCCUGAAAGCUCAGAAGCUUACCCUGUAUGAUGCACUUGCUGAUAGUGUUUUUCACCAUGUAGAUGGGCCUGUUGACAUAAACACUAAACCAGAGGAUGAAUGUUCACAAACUGAUGCUGAGACAAAGAGGAAGAUAAUUCAUGCAAGAUACUGUGACAAGUUUGUAAAUACCCUCUGGAAAGAUGGGUCUGUAGUUCAUGUAUAUGUUACUACAGAAAAGUAUAAGCAGUACAAAGAGAAAAUGAGGAAAGCUCUCAGACAAGUGGAAGGAAGGAUUAAGUGGCUUCAACAAGGAAGCAGAGGGCUUUUUGGGAAUGUGUUUGAAGAUGAUAUUUAUAUUCUUAUUGAUACAUCCCAGUCUAUGAAGAACAAGCUGCCCCUAGUGAAGGAAAAAAUAUUUCAGCUAAUGCAGGAACAACUGAGAUACAAGAAGAGAUUUAACUUUGUGAAAUUUAGUGCCCAAGCAGUGGCCUGGCAAGAGAAACUUGUUGAAGUUAAUGAGGAAAAUUUGCAAGAUGCUUGGCUUUGGAUAAAAGGGCUUGAGGUUGGAAGUUCCACAAAUACACUCAAAGCUCUCCAGAUUGCUCUUGCUGAUACUGACACUCAGGCUAUUUAUCUCUUGACUGAUGGGAGGCCUGACCAGCUCCCCCAGAUAAUUUUGGCUGAAGUCCAACUUCACUGUAAAAUUCCCAUCCAUACUGUAUCCUUCAACUGUGAUGAUAUAGAAGCCAAUGAAUUUUUGUAUGAACUAUCUACUAAAACAGAGGGACGGUUUCAUUAUUACAACAUUUAUUUGAGUGAUCCUGAUACUACAGAGUUUAUUUUUAAUAAAGACAUAUAUCUUUUGAAAAAAGAAAUUGAUCAAGGUGAGAAAGAUCUAGAGAAAGUGAAGACCUUUCAUGAGAAAAGUCUGAUGAUGAAUUCUUAUAGUGAAGAAAAUUAUCCAGAGAAUAAGAGUAGGCUGAGCUGUGCUUCAGAAGAACCAUCAGUGCCAUCACAUGAGCAAACCAGGCAAAGCACUGCUGCCAGUCCAGCCCAAAGAAAGAAAGCAUUAUAUGCAGAUCAAACAAAGUCAAGUCUGCUGCAAUUCCUGAACCGUGGUGUGAAAUUUAGGGAAGAAAGCCCAGAGGAAGGAGUGUCUCCAGAGGAAAAGAGUUUUUCUGUCAAAAAGGGUGUGAAAUGUACAACCAUUUUCAAAGGCAAGUUGACAGAACAAGAAGCUCUGACUGGGGAAGAUGAUCUGAAAAUGCAGAGUGUGAAAGGGGCAUCUGAAAGCUCUCUAGAUGUCUCUUCAGCUCUUUGGUUAAAGACCCAUGGCUUGGCUGCUAGGCGACUCACCAUCAUGGAUGCCUUAGCUCCUACAACUGUCCUUCACAGUAAAAAAUACAUCCCAGUUCUGGACAAGCAUGUAGUUUCUAAAGUAUUUGAUAAGAUGUUGCCAUUGGCCCAUGUUAGCAGUGACAAGAAGGGGAUUGCACUAAUUAAUCCUUGGGCAGUGAAUCUUGAUGCCUAUAAAAAGAAGCUGGAACAAGCAAUUAUAUCCUAUGAGAGGCGCCUGAACCUAGUUAUUUGGAGAGCACUAUCUCAGGAGGAAAGAGACAAAUUUGAAGAGGAUGGGCCAGUCCAAUAUAUACAACAUAAAGAAACUUUGCUGGAGGCUUUAGAGAAUUUGGGAUGGCCAGUUUCCUAUGAAGAUGUAAAAUUGUUAGAAGAUGAGAUAUUGACAGCAUUAACAUAUAUACAACAAGCCUCUGAUCUUCAGGAAGCUGUCAAAAAGGAAAUUGAGAAAAGCUCAGAAUCACACAUAAGCAACAAUAAAAAGGGAUUUGAAGAAGAAAGUGGGAAGCUGAAGUCUAAGACAAGACAAAAACAUCAAAUAUUUGUAACUCACAAAAGCCAAAAGGUAAUUGCAAGAUCAGAUGUCACAGGAUUUUAUUAUCCAGGAACUGUGAUAAAGAAUAUCAGUUCUACCUGUGCACUUGUUGACUUCAGCAAUGGGGAGAGCUGUGAUGUCCUUGUCAAGUUCACUAUACCUGUGGGAGGUGCUAUGCCAUGCCCACAUCUGCAGGUUGGAGACUAUGUGUUUGCCAGAACUGGGACACGGGCAGAAAAUGAAUGCUAUGUCCCUGCCAUUGUCAUAGCAACACCACAGAGGGUGGAGACAGGUGACAAAUUCUACACAGUGCUGCUGUUCAACAACAGGGAGGAACACUGUAUAAGAAGCGAGCUCAUUAAAAUCAGCCAAACCAAGUAUGCCUAUUCCUGUCAGUACAUAAGAACGGUGCAGAUGGUGGAUUAUGAGAUCCUGGAUGGUAAGACUACAAAGCCCUGCCUUCACCCACCUGUGGAAGAUGAAGGAGGAGAACAAGCAAAGAAAAGUAUAGUGAAAGAAAAGAGGGGAAAAAAGAAAAAGAAGAGGACAACAGUAGACAAAAGGCAUCCCAGGGAGAUGAUGUCAAACUUAGAUAAUCUUUUGUCUCCAGAAGUGAAGUAAACCAGAGAGGAAGAAAGUCACUGUCUAGCACUAAGGAAGAAUUUAGAGGUAAAGAUGUAGCUCUGAAAAAGUGUAAGGAAUUAAGCAUUUGUGAUGGGCCUUUAGCUAUUCCCCACACAAGGAACAGAUUUCUGCAUUUCUGGGUGUUAGCAAAGUUAGCUUUCCCGUGUCUUAUGUGAUGAAAUUCUUUCACCUCCUUUAGAAACAGUUCUUGACACUUUCUCAGUGUGUGUUUUCACAGCAGCAGCAAGAAAUGAAUAAAGCGAGUUCCAGCAUAUGCCACCUUAAUUUCCCUAACAGUUGUAGUAGCAGUGAGGCUGCAGUAACACCAAACCUUACUACCUGCUUGUAGGCAGAGUAUUUAUUCCAGUCCCUCUACUGUUUGUUCUUCGUUAGAUUAAAGUUAUGUCUGUAUUGUGGGUAUUAAGUUAUUGCCCCUGUAACUCAAUGCUUCAGAGGUUAAAUUGCUUUUGGUGUAUGAACUGGCUCAGUUAAAGCUGACAGCAGUACCUAUAAUCCCUGUCACUCUGGAGCAGAGACUGGACUAGUGUAGGCCUGACAUUACAUUUCUGUCAGCUCUUCAUUUUCAAGAUCCUACUGUCAGUGGAAAGAUAACAGGAUUUUUAUCCAUACUUGCUAGGUAUACCUCCUUGUACCAUUUAAAAUAUGUUUUCAACGGCCUCAUUUAUUUACUUUCAGAAGUGAUGGGUUAUAAAUUCACUCAAUCAUCAUGUUUUCAAUCAACUUGAUUUGGCUUAUCUGAAUGUUCCUUCUGUGUUCUCUCUCAUCCUUUAAAGAUUGCCUGCAAAUUCCAUAUACAUUGCUUAUAGUGAGUAUUAUGGUGCCCAUUAUAUAAUGGGCAUUUUAAGGGUGGCCUGAUCAGAAUUAUAUGAGAGCAGGGGUGUUGGGCUUGUCCAGUGAAAAACCAUGGUUUCCAAAGGUGGGGCUGUGUUGUUCGAAAUGCUCAGUUAUCCCAGACACUUUCCUCUUGGGUAUUUUGAGAUGCAGAUGCUGAGGAAAUGUGAAAUAAUCCUAAUGUGAUCAACAAGUCCUGUAACCGAUUCCCUGCAGCUUGCAGGAAAGAUUACACCAGAGCAGUGGUUAUCUAUGCAUUUUAAUCCUCCCUAGAUUUAGCAAAUAAUCUCAUAGUAUUCUAACAAGGCUUCAAUGUCAAAUACAGGUCGAACAUGCUGAAGAAGAUACCUUGUCCUGUUCUUGUGACACCAUAAAUUUUGAAUAUGUUUUUUUUUUCCUAAAAUUUAUUUUCAUUUACAUAUCCAUCUGCGUUUUAUCAGAAAGGGAAAAGUCAGAGCUGAUAAAGAUGUUAAGUAACACUAUAUGGUCAUCCUCACAUGGUUUCAUUAGAUACCUCUUUAUCCAAUGUCUCUACAUGACGGUGUAUUUAUCCUCCUUGGGUGUAAAUAGUUGCCCCAUUUUCAUACCAUGCAAAUGUUUCACAGCACUCUGUGUAAGUUAUAUAAUUUUGUAAGUUAUAUCCAAUGUGCUACCUGAUCCCUGAUAUACAUAUCUUUUUGAACUGUGUUAAUGCUGGAUUUCAUUUUAAAGAUGAAGAGAAGAAAACAAAUUUGCCUAGCAUUUUUUUUCCCUUCUGCUCAACCUCCAAUCAAGUAUGAACUAUUAGUUUACACUUACUGCUUGGCAGUUCAAUAUGUGUUGAGCACCAGUGAGAUUCCCUUAUGCAGGUUAACACUUUUCCUUAGAAGUUGUCAUAUUUGAUUACAUUGAUGUGGGUAGGUGUUAAAUAACAUGGGUGGGGAGUUGGAAAGCCCUGCCAUUCUAAUGAAUUAUUUAGUUAGUCUCUGUGGACCGGGUGGGUAUUAAAAAUAUCAGGUAUCUAACAAUGGACUUUGCCUUCAUGGAGUUUUUGUAGUGCUGAAAUAAGGCUGGAUAUUCAAGUCAGUAGCCUAAACUGCUCAAGGGAGGUAAAACACCCUGUUUUCCUCUUCAGACCCCUGUAUCUCUCUUGAAGUCUCAAAUAUUGCCUUUCAUAUGCUGGACACACCAAUGUUCAUCAGAGUGAUUGCUAUCCAGAUUUUCCUAGUAGUUACCUUCAUUACUUCAUUAUUUCUGGACUGUUUAUAUCAAAGGCAGAUUUCUUCAAAGUCAGCAUUUCAGAGAAAUGUUUUGAAUAGCUGUGAUAAUGACAAUUUUUGUAGUUAAAUAUCUUUUACAGGAACAAGGUUAUGGUUUGUUUUUAUUUUUAGAUUUCUAAAAGCAGUCUGUUAAAUUGUUUUUUUCUGAAAGAUGUAUAUUCCUCCUGUGUAUUCUUUUCAUUGGAAUAUCAAAUACCUAAAUAAUUUGGAUAUCUUUUAACUUCUGAAAAAGG